AUGGCUGAACAUCCAUACUUCACAAGGUCUAAAGACCCCAAAGAUUCCUUCUCUGAUCGAUGUUUGUCAAAAGGCAAAGAAAAAGUGGUUGAAAAUGCUGAGAACACUGAUUUGACCGAAAUUAUUGUGAAUACCACAUCAUUGCUGAACAGAACAAGAGGUGCUGGACAUACCAAUGAGGAUUGCAUCAACUUAAAACACAAAAUUCAGGACUUGAUUGAUCAAGGAAUUGUCACCCUUCCAACGGACUUGUUGGUAGCUUCAAUGGAUACUUCAUCAACAUCAAUUGAAUGGAUUUUAUCAGAACUUUUCAGACAUCCUAAUGUAAUGAAGAAACUUCAAAGUGAGUUGGAUUAUGUAGUUGGCCAAAAGGGGAUUGUAGAAGAAAAAGACCUAGAAAACCUACAUUACUUAAACAUGGUCAUAAAAGAAGGAUUUAGGCUCCAUCCAGUUGCACCCUUAUUACUUCCACAUGAGUCAAUUGAAGAUUGCACACUUGAUGGAUUUCACAUACCUAAAGGAUCUCAAGUUUUGGUUAAUGUUUGGGCAAUCGGAAGAGAUCCAGAUGUUUGGCAUGAGCCUGAAAAGUUCAUACCAGAGAGGUUUGUUGAAAGUACUAUUGAUGUUCGAGGACAAAGUUUUCAACUUUUACCAUUUGGUUCUGGCAGAAGAAGUUGUCCUGGUUUACAGUUAGGGCUUACCAUUGUUCGUUUGGUGGUAGCUCAAUUAGUUCACUCCUUCGAUUGGGAGUUUCCAAAUGGUAUGAUGUCAAAUGAUAUUAACAUGACUGAGAAAUUUGGUUUGGUAACAGCUAGAGCUCUAUCUCUAAUGGCUAUUCCUAUUUAUCGAUUGCAUAAUAAGUAAAUGCACAUGUGAAAAUAAGUCAAAUAGUC